GGCGGCCGCUCGGCGGGGCGGGGCGGGGCGGGCGGGGCUGGCCCGGGGCGGCGGGCAUGGGGGGCGGCAGGCCGGGCUGCGGCCCGCGGCGGGGCUGCGCUUCCCUCUGCGUGGUGCUGGCGCUGGGCUGGGCCGCGCUGGCCGCGGACGGGCCGCCGUUGGAGGAGGAGGAGGAGGCCGGGCCGGCGGGCGCCGAGGAGCCGUGCGCGGCGGGCGGGUGGGCGCAGGAUGCCGUCCCGCCGGGCGCGGCCUUCGUGGCCGCCGCGUCGUACCGCGGCCCCGGCAACAACGACACGCGGAGCAACAAGGCGCUGCCCAUCCUGCUGUGGUGGAGCGGGAGCCUGUUCCCGCACUUCCCCGGCGACACGGAGCGGAUCGACUGCCCGCGGGGCUCCUGCCUGGCCACCCGCAGCCGGCGGGCGGCGCGGCACCGCCGCACCAAGGCCCUCAUCUUCUACGGCACCGACUUCAGGGCCUACGAGGCGCCGCUGCCCCGCCUGCCCCACCAGACCUGGGCGCUCUUCCACGAGGAGUCCCCCAUGAACAACUACGUUCUCUCGCACCCGCCCGGCAUCCAGCUCUUCAACUACACGGCCACCUUCCGUCGGGAGUCCGACUACCCGCUGACGCUGCAGUGGCUGCCCGGCGUGGGGUACCUGCGGGGCCCGGCCGUGCCGCUGGCCGAGAAGGACGCGUGGCGGCGGAGGGGCUACGGCCCGGUGCUGUACCUGCAGUCCCACUGCGACGUGCCCUCGGACCGGGAUCGCUACGUGCGGGAGCUCAUGAAGUACAUCCAGGUUGACUCCUAUGGGAAAUGCCUGCAUAACCGUGAGCUUCCCAGUGAGCGACUGAAAGACACUUCUACAGCCACUACGGAAGAUUCUGAAUUUAUGACUUUUAUCGCCAGGUACAAGUUUCAUCUGGCCUUGGAGAAUGCCAUAUGUGACGACUACAUGACAGAGAAGCUGUGGCGUCCAAUGCAUUUGGGUGCUGUUCCAGUAUACCGAGGCUCCCCAGCUGUGCGGGACUGGAUGCCAAACAACCUCUCCAUCAUUCUUAUAGAUGACUUUGACAGCCCCCAAGAGCUCGCAAAGUAUCUUGAUUUCCUGGACAAGAAUGGAGAGGAAUAUAUGAAGUAUCUAGAGUAUAAAAACCUUGGUGGAAUCAAAAACCAGUUCUUGCUAGAGAGCUUGGAGAGGCGGGAGUGGGGUGUGAAUGACAUGACUCUGCCCAAUUACCUGAAUGGCUUCGAGUGUUUCAUCUGUGACAGGGAGAACACACGGAUCAAAGAGGAGCAGGAACACAAAAAGUCUCAUGGGAAAAUUCCAGCUCCCAGACCUCGCAUAGCUCAGUCCAAACACAUGGGAUGUCCUAUGCCAACCCCUGGGUUUGGAAGUGUUGAAGACCUCCCUGGAGGAGACAGUUGGAAAGAGAUGUGGCUGCAGGAUUAUUGGCAAAGCCUUGAUCAGGGUGAGGCCCUCACUGCUAUGAUUCAUCGCAACGAGUCGCAUCAGGGAAGAUUUUGGGACUAUAUGCAUGAGAUUUUUCUCAAGAGGACGAGGCAACACUGACCCAUCUUUGUAAGAGCUUGAUGUGAAAAUUGCUUUGAAAGUUGAGACUGCAAAUUUUUACCUCGCUCCAAAUGUUUGCCUUGAAAUAGAAGAAAAACUCACAGAGACUAUUUUUUCCGGUGCAUGAAGUAAGUUUCUGCUGUGAUUGGAUUUCAGCAGUGAAGAUCUUAGCAACUGCUUUGAUUUGGAUUUCAGCUCUGUGGUGUGAAGCCACUCCUGACUUGCAGGUGUCAAGAUGUGGGGGAAAACAGGAAUUUACUCAUUUUGCAUUUGUUAUAGUUUCCUUGUGGCUUACAUGACUUCAGAGGAACACGUCUUCAGACUCUUGCUCAAAUGUCCUAUGUUAUUUCAGGGAUUUUUCUUAAUCUCAAAAAUAUUAAUCAUUUUUAUAAGUAUUUUAUCAGUCACUUAUUCUCCUCAUUACGGUGUAUUUUAACAAAUAGCUUUUCCAGUGAAGGAAUUGCAAAAGACAAGUGUCUGUGGAGAGCAAUUGUGCCUUAUGACAUUGCAGCAAUAAAGUCUCUUCUCUCCAAGUAA